AUGCCGGAGCUGUCGCGAUCACUUGCGCGAUCUUGGUCAUCGACGCUAAAGCUUCCGAAAUCCACGUUCCCCCCACGGAUAGCAUUAGCCGACCAGUCGAAAUAUCUCAAACGAUGCAGCGAUGACCUUUACAGCUGGCAGCAGCGCAAUCGGCCUGCAACAGCUACCUUCACACUCCACGAUGGCCCGCCAUAUGCCAACGGUGACCUACAUAUCGGACAUGCACUAAAUAAGAUAUUGAAGGAUAUAAUUUGCCGCGUACAAUUGGCUAAGGGUAAACGAGUGCAUUAUGUGCCUGGCUGGGACUGUCAUGGUCUACCAAUUGAACUAAAGGCACUUCAGGGCCAAAAGGAAUUGGGUGACUUAAGGUCGGCUGGGAGAGAUGGGGCGGCGCAGAUUCGGUCUGCCGCCCGACAACUUGCAGAAAAGACCGUUUCCCAGCAGAUGGAGGGAUUCCGGAACUGGGCUAUCAUGGGAGACUGGGACAAUGCAUAUACCACGAUGAACAAGGACUUCGAACGGAGGCAAUUGGCCGUGUUUUUAGAAAUGGUUGAAAAGGGGCUCAUAUAUCGGAGAUACAAGCCGGUGUACUGGUCUCCCUCGUCCGGCACUGCGCUUGCCGAAGCUGAGCUGGAGUACAAGGAAGACCAUAUCUCAACUGCGGCUCUGGUUAAGUUUGUUCUGGAUGACCUACCGGCUCAAGUUUGGGAAAAUUCUCUACUUGUCGGGAAUGAUAUCUCUGCUGUUAUAUGGACAACGACACCGUGGACGCUCCCGGCGAACGCUGCGUUGGCGGUUAACCCCGAUUUUGAAUAUACCAUCGUGUAUUCGGCUCGCCAUGGCAAACUUCUCGUGGCGCAGUCUAGACUGCAAUACCUCGAAGAAUUACUGGAAGAUCAUUUCACUGUUGUUGUACCUGUCGUUAUGGGUUCCGAAUUGUUGAAUUCUACGUACCGUUCUCUCUUUAAAGGACCGGAGUCUGAAAAGCAACGUAUCAUAGCUGCAGAUUUCGUGACGGCAGAUGCCGGUUCCGGAAUUGUUCACUGCGCCCCAGGCCAUGGUAUGGAGGACUACGAAGCUUGCCUAGCCCUCGGAAUUCCAGCAUAUGCUCCUGUAGACGGGGAGGGCCGAUAUACUCGAUUUGCUAUGCCAUCACAGCCUGACCUUUUAACUGGAAAAGCAGUCCUUGGGGAUGGGAACCAUGCUGUCAUUAAGUACUUGUCAGAAAAUGGAAUUCUUAUUCACAAGCAUGCUUACAAGCACAAGUACCCCUACGAUUGGCGAUCAAAGCUUCCUGUCAUAAUUCGUGCUACAGAGCAAUGGUUUGCUGAUGUUGGUGAUAUCCGUGGCGAAGCUAUUCAAGCCUUACAAUCCGUCCAAUUUAUCCCCCCAAGUGGGAAGUCCAGGCUAGAGACUUUCGUCAGAAACAGAAGCGAAUGGUGUAUAUCUCGCCAAAGGGCAUGGGGAGUCCCCAUACCGGCGUUGUACCACCGCACCACCGGGGAAGCCGUGCUCACCAAAGAGAGUGUGUCUCAUAUCAUGAAAGUUAUCGAGGAACGAGGCAUAGAUGCCUGGUGGACUGAUGAUGAAUUCGACCAGGAGUGGCUCCAUCCUUCGCUCCGUGAUUCGAGCUCACCGCAAUAUAAACGCGGAACAGAUACCAUGGAUGUCUGGUUCGAUAGUGGCACCAGCUGGGCUCAGCUUAAGGACGAUUCCCCUGAAAAUUCCCCCGCUGAUGUAUAUCUCGAGGGAAGCGAUCAGCACCGUGGUUGGUUCCAAUCCAGCCUGUUGACUUAUAUCUCGCAUCAGCUCGCCCAAGGGGGCAAAUCUUCGUUUAAGGCCCCUUUCAAGACACUUAUUACACAUGGGUUUACUCUCGAUCAACAUGGCCGUAAGAUGAGCAAAUCGAUCGGAAAUACCAUACAGCCCCACGAAAUCAUGGGUGGUACGCUUCUUCCUCCGCUCAAGCCCAAGAAGGUUAAGGGAAAGGGUCCAAAGCCAAAACUAGAUGUUCCGGUAUACGAUGCCCUUGGUCCUGAUGCCCUUCGACUAUGGGCUGCCGGAAGUGACUACACAAAGGAUGUGGUUAUAGGCCAACAGGUGCUCAAGGCAGUUAACAUCAGUCUCCAUAAAUUCCGUGUGACUUUCAAACUGCUUCUCGGUGCGCUUCAGGAUUUCGAUCCAAAAAAUGAAGUUCCAUACGAAUCUCUGCAUGCGACUGACAAGAUUGCCCUGGUACAGCUUCACAAUCUCGUCAAGACAAGCCAGGAAGCGGUCGACAAAAUGGAGUUCUUCAAAGCUGUGACCGCAAUGAACAAGUGGGCCAACCUGGAAUUCUCCGCAUUCUAUAUUGAAGCCAUCAAGGAUCGAUUAUAUGCAGAUUCAGGAUCUGGGAUAAGUAGACGAGCGGCACAAACCACUUUGUUCCAUAUAUACACCCACGUUCAGGGACUUCUUGGGCCAAUAGUCCCUUUGUUGAUUGAAGAGACUUGGGAACACACCCCUGGAAAUAUUAAAGGAUUCUUGAAACAUCCGUUCCAGCGAACUUUCAAAUCGCCCGACAGCAAAUGGAAAAACGAUACUUUAGAACAUGAAUAUAAUGCCAUGGUUGCCGCCAAUUCUGCAAUCAAGGCUAUGCAGGAAACCGCGCGUUCUAAAAAGCAAAUGGGAUCCUCUUUACAGUCAUUCGUGCACCUUGUUCUACCUAGAGGGUUUGAAUUAUCUGAGCAGUUACAAUCCGAGCUUUCUGACUUCUUUGUCGUAUCAUCCGUCACCAUUGGGUCAGAUUGCGACCCCGUUCUAAAUGAUAUUUCACACGCCGAAUGGAGUUACUGCUCGGACUUCAAGCUGCCCAACGAUCAGAUUGGAAAAGCCUGGGUAUAUACACCAAGUGAGGCCAAAUGCCCGCGUUGUUGGCGUUACGCAGUCCACCCUACAGAAACCGGGUCAGAGGACAGGGAGGCGCUCUGCCAUCGCUGUGAAGUGGUUGUGCAUGAGAUAGAUCAACAGAGUGAUAUGGGUAUAAGCACAUCCAAUUGA